UGCAGGUCUCUCUGCUAUCAAAAAGAGUUCUGGAAUUAUAUGUUGGAUGUGUAUGAAAUUUUUUCUUGAUGACAUUGCUGCUGAAGAGCAUGCUAGAAAUUUAUUUCAUUAUCAACAUUAUUGUAUUGCACUGCAAGAG